GUCUCUCCAUUAAUUUAGAGAAAAGGCUGCGGAGAGGCCACAGCUAUCUGCCUCACACAGGUUUCUGUAGCCUAGGGGAGAUGCUGCGGCGGAGGGAUCCUUGAGAAAGUAGUGCGCCUCGUAACUUCACUAAGGGGGAAAAAAAAGUUUCGCAGCACUUUGCAGAAGGCAGUAGUGGCCCCUGCUGAGUGUGUCCUGCCGCCUCUCCUCCUCUGCCGGGCCAUUCCGCAGAAUAUGUCAGCGCCUCUGCCUCUGCCUUGCAGUCGGAGCCGGUGCUGAGACAUUUACAGCUUGAAGAAUGAGGUUGGGGCAUUUGCACAGUCUGGCUGCCCUGCUGCUGCUGGGGCACUGGGUGCAGAAGGCAGACCCUGCGGCUUGCCAGGGUUGUACAUCCAAAUGUGACUGCAGUGGUGUAAAGGGGGAUAAGGGAGAAAGGGGGCUUCCCGGAUUAGAAGGACAGCUUGGCUUACCUGGAUUUCCAGGACCUGAAGGAACACCUGGACCUCGGGGUCCAAAGGGUGAUGAUGGCACAUCAGGACCAAUUGGACCCAAAGGAAUAAGAGGACCUCCGGGCCUUCCAGGAUUUCCUGGUACUCCUGGGUUGCCUGGGUUACCUGGGCAGGAUGGAGCCCCUGGACCUGCUGGUAUCCCAGGAUGCAAUGGGACUAAGGGUGAACGUGGUUUUCCAGGUGGUUCAGGAAUUCCUGGUUUUCAAGGUCCACAGGGUCCUCCUGGAUUACCAGGCUUAAAAGGGGAGCCAGGAGCAGUCAUUUCUCUUUCUCAGUCAGGACAGAAAGGUGACUCAGGACUUCCAGGUCUACCAGGUUUACCAGGUCUGCUUGGGCCCCCAGGAAUGCAGGGUUCAGCUGGGCGUCCAGGACCUGCAGGUUUACCGGGACCUUCAGGAUCCCCUGGAAUUCCAGGAGCAAAGGGUAACAUGGGCUUAAAUUUCCAAGGAUCAAAAGGAGAAAAGGGUGACUCUGGACUUCAAGGACCCCCUGGACCUCCCGGACAGUCAACAGAACAGAAGGAACCAGGGGAUAGUCAAGUCCAAAAAGGAGAGAAGGGUUCACAAGGUGGGCCAGGAUUUUCUGGACCGCCCGGACCUCCGGGUCCUCCUGGUCCUUCUGGAGGUAUUAAAGGACAAAAAGGACAACCAGGAGACCUAGGAAAAAUAGGCAAGCCUGGGAAAGAAGGAAGGAGUGGUCUUCCUGGUACUGAGGGUCUUCCUGGAGAUCGUGGUUUUCCAGGAAAUUCUGGUAGAGAUGGUGAGAAGGGUCAAAAAGGUGACCGAGGAUUCCCUGGACCUCCUGGACAGGUGAUUUCUGGACCAGAACCAACCAUUGGACCAAAAGGAAACACUGGACCUCCAGGAUUCCCUGGAGAUAAAGGAGAACGUGGCUUUCCAGGAUCACUAGGUCCACCUGGUCUUCCAGGAACCCCAGGUUCUUCUGCCACGGGUCCUCCAGGGGACCCUGGCUUUCCAGGAGAAAGAGGACAGAAAGGAGAUCAAGGAUCUCCAGGAAUAUCUAUACCAGGUACUCCUGGUGAAGAUGGUAGUACUGGAUUUCCUGGACCUCCAGGACCACCUGGACCUCCAGGGUCUUCAGAUCCUUCUAUUGGAGAGCUAUGUAUGCCAGGACCACAGGGCUUUCCAGGCUCCCAAGGCAAUCCAGGUCUUAAUGGGGAAAGAGGACAAAAAGGUGACAAGGGAGAUACCUGCUUCAACUGUAUAGGAAAUGAAAUUACUGGCCAGAAAGGGGAACCUGGCCCUGCUGGUCCUCCUGGAAAUCCAGGGUUGCCUGGUUAUUCAGGACCAAAAGGUGAUCCUGGUCUUCCCGGUUUGUUGGGUCCUCCUGGACAACCAGGAUUUCCUGGUUCUUCUGGUAACCCUGGCCGCCCUGGGCCUAAAGGAGAUUCUGGUGACGUGAUUGCACUACCUGGACUGAAAGGAGAUAAAGGUGACACUGGAUUCCCAGGUCCAGGUGGAAGCCCAGGCCUUGAUGGUCUUCCUGGAAGAGAUGGAAUUCCAGGAAUUCCUGGUCCUAAGGGAGAGCCGGGUGGCCUUGCUUUCAAAGGGGAGCGUGGUCUGUCUGGUGAACCUGGCCUCCCUGGACUUCCAGGUGACAGAGGUCCUUUAGGUCCACCUGGCUUUGGUCCAUCUGGUCCUGUUGGUGAAAAAGGAGUUCAGGGAGUUUCUGGUCGACCGGGAGCACCUGGAGCUCCAGGUACUAAGGGACCACCUGGCCAAACAGUAACGGAGAAAGGAGCUAAAGGUCUUCAGGGUCCUCUUGGCAGUUCAGGUCCACCAGGAUCCCCAGGUGAGCCUGGUCUGCCUGGACAAUCUGGACUUCCAGGCCUUACAGGAAUGAAAGGAGAUCCAGGUGUCCCAGGAAUUGGACUUCCAGGACCAGCUGGUCCAAAAGGGUUUCUGGGUGCACCUGGACCACCAGGACCACCAGGUUUAUCAGGAAAUCCGGGAUCAGAUGGAAUACCUGGCCAGCCAGGUUUCCCAGGACCAAAGGGUGAGCCAGGAUUUGGAUUACCAGGACCUCAAGGGCAACCAGGUUCUAUUGGAUUUAAAGGAUCUCAAGGACCAAAAGGAGAUUCUGGAUUCCCAGGGAUGCCAGGGGCUCCAGGAAGAUCAGGAUUUGAUGGCUCUCCUGGACCAAAAGGUGACUCUGGUCAGAAUGGACUUCCUGGCCCAGCAGGUCCUCCUGGGAUUCCAGGUACUGGUGGCGAAGGUCCUCCUGGCCCUCCAGGGCUUCCUGGAUCAGCCGGCCCCCCAGGUCCACCAGGGUUGCUGGGUAUACCUGGUGACAAGGGUGAUACUGGUCCUCCAGGAUUUGAGACUCCUGGCCGACAAGGAGAUCGUGGUAAUCCUGGUUAUCCUGGAGAACGUGGAUUUUCAGGUCCUCCAGGGCCACCUGGGUUUCCAGGCCGUGACGGAGUACCAGGCACUAAAGGUGUAAAAGGUGACAUGGGAAUUAUGGGAACACCCGGACCAGCUGGACCACCUGGCAAUCCUGGCAGUCCUGGUUUUCCUGGCCCUAAAGGUCUUGAUGGAUUUCCUGGUCAACCUGGUACCAAUGGUAACACUGGACCUACGGGUGACAAGGGAGAACGUGGUCUUGCAGGCCCACCGGGCUCUAUUAUAGGAGGUCUAGGAAGCAAAGGAGCCAAAGGAGAACCUGGGCCAGAUGGUCAAUCUGGCAUUAAUGGAGAAAAAGGCUUUAGCGGGAUGCCUGGUUCUCCUGGAUCACCAGGCCAAAGUGGACUUCCAGGAUCUCCAGGACUACCUGGACCUAAAGGAGAUGCUGGAUUUCCUGGGCAGCCUGGAUCAACUGGUCCUCCCGGACUAAAGGGGAAUAUGGGAGAGAUGGGAUUUCCAGGACCAAGUGGUCAAAACGGUGCAUCUGGGCAGCCGGGGCGCCCUGGCUCACCAGGACCUCCAGGAUUUAGUGGAUUGAAAGGUGAAAAAGGUGAACCAGCAUUUUCAGGCACUGGACAACCUGGUUUACCUGGCCAAAAGGGAGAACCAGGACCUGCAGGGUUUCCAGGUAGUAAAGGUGACACAGGAAGCCCUGGACUGCCUGGAUUACCAGGAGUUUCAGGCCCUAAAGGAGAUCCAGGCGACUCAGGAUUUACAGGUGCUCCAGGUCUUGCAGGAUCAAAAGGACUUGAUGGACCUCCAGGAAACCCUGGUGUCCCAGGCUCUUCUGGACCAAGGGGAGAUGCCGGUCGCCCUGGUCCACCGGGAUCUCCAGGCGAAAAGGGUCAACCGGGCCAAGAUGGAAUUCCUGGUCCUGCCGGCCUAAAAGGAGACCCAGGACUACCAGGCUUUGGGACACCAGGAACAAAUGGAUUUCCUGGGGCUCCAGGUGCAAAGGGUGAGCCAGGAUUUUCUGGUUCCCCCGGAUCCCCUGGAUUUCCUGGCGCUAAAGGAGACAGUGGUUAUCCUGGACGUCCAGGUAGCCCAGGACCACCAGGACAACCAGGUCUCCCCGAACUAGUCAAACCAGGUCCUAAAGGAAAUACUGGACCAGCAGGAACUCCUGGACGCCCAGGCCCUGAAGGUCCUCAAGGUCUACCUGGCCCAGAAGGUCCUCGCGGCCCCCCUGGCAAUGGAGGUUUCAAAGGUGAGAAAGGUAAUUCUGGCCUCCCUGGACAGCCUGGAUUUCCGGGAGCAAAAGGAGAUACAGGAACACCAGGAAUACCGGGUGACUCCGGAAGACCAGGUCUGAAUGGAAUGAAAGGAGAUCAAGGUGUACCUGGUGUCCCUGGUUUCCCAGGUAUGAAAGGGCCCAGUGGACCUCCUGGUUUGGCAGGCUUUAAAGGUGACCCAGGCAACCCAGGUCUUCCAGGUUUGCCAGGAACACCUGGUCCAAAGGGUGAGAUCAGGACUAUACCAGGACCUCCUGGUCCACCUGGGCGCCCAGGAAGCAAUGGACCUCCCGGACCACCAGGACCAUCUGGAAUAGCAGGUUCACUAGGGCCUCCCGGUGAUCCUGGCAGAGAUGGGCUACCUGGAUUUGAGGGGCAGCCAGGAUUUAAAGGUGACCGGGGUCAACCAGGCCAGCCAGGUUUAAGAGGAAACCAAGGUACCCCGGGUCCAGAUGGAUUGCAAGGCCCUCCUGGUUCACCAGGCUUAGGAUCUGUAGCUCAUGGAUUUCUUAUAACCCGCCACAGUCAGGCAACCGAAUCACCAGCCUGCCCUCAGGGUACCAGCAGGAUCUACGAUGGAUAUUCUCUUUUAUAUGUACAGGGGAAUGAACGAGCACAUGGACAGGACUUGGGUACCGCGGGGAGCUGUCUCAGGCGUUUUAGCACAAUGCCUUUUAUGUUUUGCAAUAUCAAUAAUGUAUGCAAUUUUGCAUCAAGAAAUGAUUACUCCUACUGGCUAUCCACGCCAGAGCCAAUGCCACAGAACAUGGAGCCACUAAGGGGAAAAGACAUUCAGCCAUUUAUAAGCCGAUGCAGUGUCUGUGAAGCUCCUGCCAUGGUGAUUGCCAUUCACAGUCAAACCAUUCAGAUUCCACCAUGUCCACAGGGCUGGUCUUCUCUUUGGAUUGGAUAUUCAUUCAUGAUGCAUACUAGUGCUGGUGCAGAAGGCUCAGGACAAGCUUUAGCAUCGCCUGGAUCAUGUCUAGAGGAAUUCCGUUCAGCACCUUUCAUUGAAUGUCAUGGUCGUGGUACCUGCAAUUACUAUGCCAACUCCUACAGCUUCUGGUUGGCCACCGUAGAAAUGUCUGAAAUGUUUAGUAAACCUCAGUCUGAAACACUCAAGGCUGGUGACCUGAGAACACGUGUCAGCCGCUGCCAAGUAUGUAUGAAGAGGACGUAACAUUUUGGAGAACUGGCUACCUGUUGAAGAGUGCUAAGGUCUGAAUUGUCCCCCGUGACAAUGGUGCUACUAUGUAGAUAAAGCAAAAAACCAGAUAAUGUUUAAAACAAUUUCAAAUGUACCUCACCAAAGUGCCAUACUGAAGAUUGUCUGGUGCAUACUGUCGAGUGGACUAAGAAAACGAUAAAACCUCUUCCAAGACAGAAAAGCUAAGUUUUGGCGAGGAUCACAUGAAGUUUUUUUUCCAGUACCAAAAUGGCACUUUUCCUAUCAGCUAUACGAAGAAAAGCACUGAGUAUCUUUACAUAACAAGGCUGCAGUUUUGAAAACAAAAAACACAUUUUGUAUGGUGCUACUAACCCCUCCGUAUCCUGGGUUUCAAAAUAUACAAAUGCUAAGCUUGUUUCUCCUUGUAAGUAAUGAAAUGUGUAUAUUGUGUAAAACUUUUUCUUUUUUUUUCUUUUUAGUUUAUCCAUGAACUUAUGUAGGAAAAUCCAAGUAUAAAAUCACACUUUCAGUUCACAAACAUAUAAGAAUAAUAUUCAAAUUAUAUGCCACAGUAUUUUCUGUAUAUUUUAAGCAUCAGAAUACUACUGAUUUUAUAGCUUUGCUUUCCCUCCCCGUGUUUCAUUUGGACUCUAUGUUGGCCUUGUAUUAUACAUAUGUCUUUAGCCAGGCUCAUUUUAUUGUUGCGAUCCCGUUUUAUUUGAACAUUUUUUAACGUUUUGUUUUUGUACACUGAACACGUUAAAUAAUUAGCCAUAUUCUUUAUAACACACAUCCAACACCCGAAUUUACCUGUCACCGGAAACCCUUCAGGAAUCGCCAACGUAAUUACACAUAUGGAAAGUGUUGUCAUGUAUAUUAUUGAACCUAGUGUGAAUGAAAUAAAGAGAGAUUGGCUAUA